UAUUAUUUAUUUAUUUAUUUAUUUUUUAUGCCCAGAACACCUUCAAGGCAGGAUUUUUAAAAUUUAUUCUUAUAAGUCAAACUAGAAGAAGCUAGCUGAUCCAGAUACACCGUCAGACUUCCGUUUAAAUAUUAGGAGAUUCGAACUCUGAUCAGUAAAUAGAAAAACAGGCUCUCUUACCAAUUAGAUAUAGAUAUAAUGUAUGCCUUAUACAUAUAUUACAUGCAUAAAUCAUGAUGAGUUUGGGCGACAAUGCAUCAGAGGAGAAUAAGACCACUCUAUCUAGUCCCCAACAAUCACCAGUGGCCGUCAUCACAACAACAACAACAACGACGACAAAAAAAGGGAAAUCCACUACCUCUACCGCUAGAAUCGGAUGUUGUCGAGGCCUUACUGAUUGCAUAGUUAUGGGGUCUACGGUCUCGGUCUCACAACCCCAUCAACAUACCACUCCCAAGCUUGAGCAACAGGUGGCAGAACUAGAGAAGGAAGUCCAAAAGCAGAAAGAACUAAGGGUCAUCUACCAGAGGAGGUUGGAAAGAACACAAGAGUACCUCAGGUAUUGUCUUCAGAUGGCACAAGAGAAUGGAUUCUUGGACACUAUCACCAACAAUAAAGACAUAAUUUAUCAAGAAAAAUGCCUUAUUUCCUUCAAUAUUAUGAGAGGCAGUACAAGUCCUCAAACACCACCCCCACCCCCAGUUCUAGUGCACCGCCGCCACCACCACCACCAUUGUGAUUUGGUCACUCUCAUUAACCAAGCCAAGACGAAUGGAUGGUAUGUUGAGCCACAUGAGAUUGAACUUCAUGGAAAAGUGGCCCAGGGAAGUACUGCAGAGAUAUAUAAAGCAACGUGGCGAGGACUUGAUGUUGCAGUGAAAUGCAUAAACCCUGAUUUCUUCCAUUCAAACGAGAACGGAGUUAGUUUUUUUGCUCAAGAAGUAGAAAUGUUGUCACGGCAACGCCAUUGUUUUGUACUCCAGCUAAUGGGUGCCUGCCUCGACCCCCCUAACCACGGUUGGGUUGUGACUGAAUUCUUUAGCACAACACUAAAGGAGUGGCUGCAUGGCUUAGGCACUAGGCGAAAAGAAAGGGCAGUCCCCCUUCCAUCUUUUGAAGAAAGGGUGGCUAAGGCACUAGAGAUUGCUCAAGCGAUGCAAUACCUUCAUGAACACAAGCCAAAGGUCAUUCAUCGCGAUUUGAAGCCGAGUAACAUUUUUCUUGAUGACACAAUGCAUGUAAGAGUAGCAGAUUUUGGUCAUGCUCGACUCUUGACUGAUGAAGAAAAGGCACUCACUGGUGAAACAGGAACUUAUGUUUACAUGGCCCCAGAGGUGAUAAGAUGCGAGCCUUAUAAUGAAAAAUGUGAUGUAUAUAGCUUCGGCAUCAUACUAAAUGAACUUAUUAGUGGUGAACACCCAUUCAUUGAGACAGAUUAUGGACCUUCCAAGAUAGCCAUGGAAGUUGCAGAGGGUAGUCUAAGGCCUGCACUUCCUAAGGGUGAUGAUCACCAACUGAAAGAUCUCAUUGACCUUAUACAACUUUCAUGGGAUGAAGAUCCUGAUAUAAGACCUUCUUUUGCGUUGAUCACGCGUAGUUUGAAAAUAAUUCUAGGGAGACUUGUUGAUUCUCUACAGCUAUGCAAGGGUGAAUGUACCACUGAAUACUGUCAGUAGAAAUAAAUAUACAGAGAGAUCAUAUGAUAGAAAUUUUUAUCUUUAGAUUAUGGUGAUCAGAUGGAUCCACAACAUUGAACCAACCUUGUGCUGAAACCUUUGCCUCGUGUCAAUAGAAUAAGUUUAAUGACUUAUAAAUUAUGAAAUGUACUUAUUUGUCUUGAACUAGACACAAGAACCAACUUACAUGUGUCUGGUUCGAUACACAAUGUGUAUGCUAGUUUCUAAGUGUCCAACAUUUUUUGUAGAUAAUUGUUAAUACUCUUCUUCUUAGCCCGUGGAACAAUAUCACGAAAUGUUUGGUAA